AUUUAUUAUGGGCAGGGAUUCACUAUCCACUCCAUGUUAAACCACCACCAUCUUGUUUCAUCAAAUAUUCCGACUAAUCAACAUUAACAUUCUUGUGCUAAGACAUUUUUCCUCUUAACUUGUCUUAAACAUUGCAUGCAUGGUUUAUAAGUCAUUAAUAAUUUGUGUUGGAUAUGAUGAAUUAGGGUCAGGGGCGAUGAGUAUACUUUUUUGAUUUUAUAGAAUGGAUUAGUGAUCGACGAAAUUUUGUGAAACUGUGGCGUGAUGAAGGCGUGGGAAGCAACGGUACGCAAGACACAGGCUGCUGCAAAGAGGAGAGCAAACACCAUUUUUGGUACAACCUAUGUUGCUCAUGCUAGCGACGACGAAAGUGAUGUACCUACAGAGCCUCAGAGCCAGGAACCGGUAGGAGACGUUUAUCAUUCUGAAAGAUUUCUCCCUAAUGGUGAUUAUUACACGGGACAAUGGUCCGAUAACUAUCCUCAUGGUAUUGGUAAAUAUUGGUGGACUGAUGGAUGCAUGUAUGUUGGUGACUGGUGUAGAGGCAAAACAAAUGGGAAAGGGCUUUUCAGCUGGCCUUCAGGGGCUGUUUACGAAGGCGAAUUCAAGAAUGGGUAUAUGGAUGGUGAAGGUACUUAUUCAGCCCCAAAUGGUGACAUGUAUAAAGGUGAUUGGAUAAUGAAUUUGAAGCAUGGCUAUGGUGUUAAGGAGUACUCAAAUGGGGAUUACUAUGAGGGUGACUGGUGUCGUGGGUUGCAUGAAGGGCAAGGGAAAUAUCAGUGGAAGAAUGGAAAUUGUUAUGAGGGGGAAUGGAGGAAUGGAAUGAUUGGAGGGAAAGGGAAAUUGAAGUGGGCUAACGGGAAUUCAUAUGAUGGAUACUGGGAUGAAGGUUUGCCUAGAGGGAAUGGUACGUUUAAAUGGCCUGAUGGAAGUUUUUAUGUUGGAAAUUGGAGUAAAGAUCCAAAGGAACAAAAUGGGAAUUACUAUCCAUCAGGCUCUUCUAUAGUGGAUGGGAAUGUGGAGUGGGAUCCUCAACAAGUUUAUCUUCAGGAUAUGCAGGAAUGUCUUGUUUGUCCAAAUGAGAAAGUUCCAAUUAUGCCAUCUCAAAAGAAAUUGGCUAUUUGGAGGUCUUCCAAGAAUGUGGAUCCAAGUGCAAGGCCUAGAAGAUUGUCAGUUGAUGGGAGACUUGAGGCUACUUCUGAUAGUCCAUUUGAUAGAAGUGCGAGAGGGGCAAGAGAGGAUUCUUCCUUGACACUCGAAGAUUUUAGUACGAGAGGUAGUCCGAUAAGGAUACCAAAAGUUAUCAAAAGACAAGGAGAGACUAUUAGCAAAGGGCAUAAAAAUUAUGAGCUCAUGCUCAAUCUCCAGCUUGGAAUCAGGCAUUCAGUAGGACGACCGGGUCCACCUCCAUCGCUAGAUCUGAAGCCUUCAGCCUUCGAUCCAAAGGAGAAAGUCUGGACAAGGUUUCCUCCAGAAGGAUCCAAGCACACCCCACCUCACCAGUCAUGUGAAUUUAGAUGGAAAGAUUAUUGUCCAUUAGUUUUCAGGACAUUAAGGAAGUUAUUCAACGUAGAUGCAGCUGAUUACAUGUUAUCCCUUUGUGGGAACGAUGCCCUUCGAGAGCUCUCUUCUCCUGGAAAAAGUGGUAGUUUUUUCUACUUGACAAAUGAUGACCGUUACAUGAUCAAAACAAUGAAAAAAUCAGAAGUGGCGGUGCUAUUAAGGAUGUUAUCAGCCUAUUAUAAUCACUUCCGUUCUUAUGAGAACACUCUAGUCACCAAAUAUUAUGGACUGCACUGUGUGAAGUUGAAUGGCCCUGCCCAGAGGAAGGUGCGGUUCAUCAUCAUGGGCAAUCUUUUCUCUUCAUACUCAAUUCACAGGAGGUUCGACCUCAAGGGCUCGUCCCUUGGUCGUAUAACAGAUAAGCCAGAGUCAGAGAUUGAUUCCAAUACAAUUCUUAAAGAUCUUGACUUAAAAUUUUUAUUCCGUCUACAGAAAACAUGGUUUCAAGAGUUUCGGAGGCAAAUAGAUAGAGAUUGUGAGUUUCUUGAACAGGAGAGGAUUAUGGACUACAGCCUUUUGGUUGGCCUUCAUUUCAAAGAACCAGCUAGUGCUAGUGAUCUUAUCCCUUCUGGAGGACAAAUAUCUACUGAUAAUGGUGAAUCAGGCCCUGAUUCAGUCUCUCGUCUUUCAGGAGCAGAGAUGGACCGGCUUCUUUUAGACCCUGCAGGGUGGGCUAGCAUCAAAUUGGGAGUGAACAUGCCAGCACGGGUGGAAAGAACAGAAAGAACAGACGAGUUUCAGCUAGUAGGAGAGCCCACAGGAGAGUACUAUGAUGUUGUGAUGUUCUUUGGCAUAAUUGACAUUCUCCAAGACUAUGACAUUACCAAAAAACUUGAGCAUGCAUACAAGUCCAUCCAGUAUGAUCCAACUUCAAUUUCAGCAGUGGAUCCAAGACAAUAUGCAAAGCGUUUUCGUGAUUUUAUUUUAAAGGUUUUUGCAGAAGAUGUAUGAUGUACAUAUCAUUUAAAAAAGAACAUGCUGAAUUGUCAAAAAAAGGUGUACAGAUCUCUACGAGCAGAAUUCUCGAAUUCAUCAGAUGAUGCUGAUAUAUACUGAGACAUUCCUUGGUGUA